UUUCGAUACGCAAUCGCAUGCUGCCCUGUCGCUAUCGAUUGUUUGAGCUGGAAUUAGAAACACUAGAGUGACCGUUUGUAAUGAAAAUAAAUUAUAAAAAAAGUACAGAAACUAAUUUAUUUGGGCGUAUUUGCAGCAGGUUAAGCUAGCAAAACAUAAAAUUAGUGCCAGAUACAAAACCUUUUUCGUCCUAACAACUGAAAAUAUAUACGAAUAUAUAUACAUAUAUCGUAUACAUAAUAGUAAAGUUUCCAGAACAUUGCGAAGCUUUUAACUGUUUAACGGAUUUUUAAAUUUUUUACUCACACUUACAUAACUGGUUAUGUUUUCACCAGAAGAAUUCCGUGAUAUUUAUAAAGUAAAGACGUGAAUUAUACAUUUUAAUACAUAUUAUAAGCAAAAAUAGCAAUUUUAAAACUAUAAACUUUCGAUUAAUUUAUGAGCUUCCUAACUAUAAGUGCUAACUUUUCACGUGUUGGCCUUACAAAUAAACUAUUGAAGAUUUUGCUGGCAUUUCACUGAUACAAAAACCUAAUAACAAAAAUCGUUAGGUUAAAAAAAAAAUUAAUUACAAUAAAAACAGUUCGGUAUUUCUAGCUGUACCUUUUCUAAGGUAUUUUUUAAGACCUAGCUUUGUGGCAGAUACGGCAAGUUCGUGCGAAGCCCACGUGUUGAGCCAAUCUAAUCAAACGCCAAUUCGAAUGCGGCAUUAAACAAAUGGAUUCCCUUAACAACGGAUGGUUUAGCGAACUGCAGGCCGAUCUCUGGCCUGGUCAGUCCUUCUCCCUGAAAGUCAAGGAGGUCAUCCACAAGGAGAAGUCCCAGUUCCAGGACAUCCAGAUCGUUGAAACGUCCCUAAAACAUAGAUUGUAGAAAUCGAAAAUUUUCCACUGGCUGUACAAAUACAAAUUGCCCAGACAGCAUUUUCGGGCCCUUUGGUUUUCGUGUGCUUAUUCUUGAUCUGCACCAACAGCCUUAUCUAUGGAGUCAUCUAAGGCCAGAAACGAAAGACAGAACACUGAUAGCAAGUCAGCUCGUAUUUCAGCGAAACCUAUGGAAGGUGCCUGAUUCUGGACGGAAUCAUCCAGUGCACGGCCAGGGAUGAGUUCUCGUACCAGGAAAUGAUAUCCUUCCUGCCCCUCUGCGCCCAUCCGAAUCCCAAGAAGGUUUUGAUCGUUGGCGGUGGGGAUGGCGGCGUUGCUCGCGAAGUGGUGAAGCAUCCACUGGUCGAGGAAGUGCAUCAGGUGGAAAUCGAUGACCGUGUCGUCGAGCUGUCCAAACAAUAUCUCCCGGCGAUGGCCUGUGGGUUCUCCAACGAGAAGUUGAAGCUGACCAUUGGCGAUGGAUUCGACUACAUGAAGAAGCACAAGAAUGAAUUUGAUGUCAUCAUCACCGACAGCUCGGAUCCAAUUGGUCCGGCAGUGAGCCUGUUCCAGGAAAGCUACUACGAGCUAAUGAAACACGCACUGAAGGACGACGGAAUCGUGUGCUCCCAGGGCGGUAGCUUCUGGCUGGACCUGGACUACAUAAAGAAGACAAUGUCGGGCUGCAAGGAGCAUUUCGCUAAAGUGGCCUAUGCCGUCACCUCCGUUCCAUCCUAUCCCUGUGGCCACAUUGGCUUCGUCAUGGGCUCCCUGAACAAAGACCAGGAUUUCGCUACUCCCAAACUGGGAAAGUCCGAAAUCAAUGCCUUAGAUUUGAGGUACUACUCCUCUGAAGUUCAUUCCGCCGCCUUUGCCUUGCCUCGAUGGGUGCAGAAGCACUUUUACGAAUGACCUAAUUGCGGAACGAUUCGUGUGUAUCUGUUUGUUAAAAAUAAAUAUGACAAUAAUACAAUUUGUU